UAAUAGAAUUUUGUAUUAAUAAUUAUGUAAAUAUAAUAUUUGGGGCGUUCACCUGCCUUACCCUAGGGCGGCCCUUGAUCACUAGCUGCGACGAGGACGGACGAUUGCUGUUCUUCUGCCACCUACUAAUCGCCGCGACGCAAGGUGUGGAAUGAUUGGCUUCUCACUUGUAUAUGCCUGAACGAAACGAUAUUUCUAAUAUGAAGCAUGAGAGAUCCUAAAGCUAGGCAUUUGUGUCUUGUCUUAAUGUGACAAGUGGAGAGCGUCUCUAGCAGCAAUGGCAUAGCCAGCAAUCUUGCCAAGGGUGUUCAAACUUUAAUGAAGUACAAUCAAUAAUAUUGUUAUGAUGAGUGGGUGCACCGAAAAAUUAAGCAAUAUUUAGAGAGUUAUGAACCAAAAUACCCUGUGAACUGCACUGAACCGGGUUUCCUAGAUCCUGUUUCGUUUCUCCACAUCUAGCUCGAUCUGUGUUGUUAAUUCACUUAAUUUUAGCACCUGUCUCGACAGCUCCACUCAGAAUACUAUGGAUUCACAAAGCCAGAAUACUUCAUUGCAGCGGCUGCAAAAUGUUGAGAAGAGGAUAGUUAGAGUUCUGGAGCUAGCAGGAGGUGUAAUGGAUGAAAUGGCAAAUCCAAGCGGUCCCAGGAAGGAGCUUAUUAACAACCAUUGCAGGGAGUUUAUGCAAUUAAUCAAGGACAUCCAGGUCACACUGCGAGAAGAAAUCAAAAGUGCAUGUGAAUAUCGUCCUUUUGAGAAGUGUGACUAUGUACCAAGAAUAUCAAACGAGAUCUGUUACAAGAAACUAGAAUAUGUCAUUUCUCAGUUUGAUGAUAUGAAGCGAACAAUUGAGGGUUAUCAUGCUGCAGCGGUAGACCUUAUGGCCCUAGACUAGUAAUAAUUUACUCAGUGUUGCUUCAUGUUCAUGUGGCAACAUAAAUAUCUACUUUAACAACAAUGCCUCAAUUCCAAGCAAGUUGGGGUCGGCUUAUCUGUUAAGGUUUAUUUAUUUAAAGAGUUGGAAUGAGUGCUUCCGUAUCACUACUUUUGUAUGAGUAUGAUAGCUGAUGGAUCUCUACUGAUUGCUUAAAAUCUUGUUGCAGUUGAAAAUUUCUUCAAGCUGAUGUUACAUAGGUCUGUAAAAAACUUAGGCUUUUCUUUAUUUGGAAGAGAUGAUAAGGAAUGGAUAUCCCAAAAAGCAAGAGGUACUUGAAAUGUCAGUGAGAAGCUGUUAUUUAAAAUUUUGUUUAGCUUACCAUGGUCUUGAUCAUUCGGUAAGCAAUGAUGAGUUUGAAGUACUUGUGCCGAGGGUUUAUUAGUUUCAGCCUUUCUACCUCCUCAAAGUAGGGGUAUGGUUGUGUACGUACUACCCUUCUCAGAUUACACUGGUUUGGUGGUGUUGUUGUUAACUUGUUAUUGGGUUCAUGGAUCAAGACUUCUCUUCGAAAUCA